UUCGUUGUAAUUGUUGCAUUUACCAUCGUUCUAUUAAAAACACGCUUUUUUACAAUUUAACUGAACACAAUAAACUCCUGCAAGAAGAUCCAUUAGUUGUGUGGUCCAUUGCUGCUCCAACGAACCGGAGUUAGGUCAUAAUCCCCAUAUACUUCCGCGGGAAAACCCCCCGAUCCGAUCAAGAAUCAAGUGCCUAGGAAAACGCACGUGGGCCAGGAGAUGGAUGUGGAAAACGGCGAGGGGCAGGUGCAGGUUCACCUGAAAACCAAACAGGAGCACUAUGCCGUGCCGGAUGUGCCGUAUGCCAUCGAUGGAACCGUCACCACCGCGGAGCUAAACACAUUCGUUAAUGCCCUUCUCCGCCAGAAGGAUGGCUCCUCCGAAACAGACUUUGAUUUCCUGGUGUUCGACGAGUACCUGCGCGGUCGACUAUGCGAUCACCUGCGUGAGAAGGCCAUCAGCUUUGAGGAUGCCAUCGAAAUCGAGUAUGUGGAGCGGUUUCCGGCGCCGGAGCCCCAGGAUUGCCUGCUCCACGACGACUGGGUGUCGGCGGUGAAGGCCAGCGGCAAGUGGAUCCUCAGCGGCUGCUACGACAACACCCUGAACCUGUGGACCAACAAGGGCAAGCACAUCCUCACCAUUCCCGGCCACACGGCGCCCAUUAAGGCGGUGGACUGGAUAUCACUGGACGAGGAGACCGGUCGCUUCGUGUCCACCUCGCAGGAUCAGACGGCCAUGCUGUGGCAGUGGAGCGUGGCGUCCAACUCGGUGGAGUGCGUCUCCGUUUGCAAGGGCCACGAACGAGGCGUCGAUAGCGUCAGUGUGAGUCCGGAUGGCCAGAGAUUCGCCACGGGCUCUUGGGAUACCAUGUUGAAGGUGUGGUCGGCAGAGGUGGAGGAUGCGGCCGAGGGCACCUCCAAGCGGAUGAAGGAGAGCGGCGUCAGGACCCCCAAAAUGACCCUGCAGGGACAUCGAGAGAGCAUUUCCGCUGUGCAAUGGAUGGAUGCCACCACUCUGCUCACUGGCAGCUGGGAUCACACACUCAAGGUGUGGGAUCUGAGCCUCGAGGGCAUUAAGACCGAAAUAUCCACCAACAAGUCCAUCUUCGAUGCGAGCUACUCAAAGCUGAACCGGCUGAUACUGACCGCCUCUGCGGACAAGAAUCUGAGGCUUUACGAUGCCAGGACGAACCAGGGAUCUGUGGUUCGGAACACCUACCUGGGACACAAUGCCUGGGUGCAGAGCGUCAUGUGGUCCAACACGGAGGAGUUCCUCUUCGUCUCCGGCGCUUACGACAACCAGAACAAGUUGUGGGAUUGCAGAAGUCCCAAGGCCCCACUGUACGAUCUUCUGGGUCACGGCGACAAGGUCCUGGACAUCGACUGGUCCAAUCCCAAGUACAUAGUCUCCGGAGGAGCCGACAACACGGUGCGGGUGUUCAAAUCCCGCAAGGCUUUAGCAGAUGACAUGGAGACGAAGUAAUCCUAAACAUUGUAAACUUUUUAUAAAUACAAGAUAGGUUUAAAGUAUAAAGUAAAUAUUCAAUGAAA